AUGAUCAGUCAAACUUCGCACUCGCCGUUGUUAGGAACAAAUACAUUAGUAAUUCAUGGUUUAAAGACAAAUGGAAAAGAUCUAUACGAUUUUCGACGAGAAAUUGGUCAUGGUUAUGUUGGCAUUGUGAACGUUGAUUACGUUUAUGCAAAAAAUGGUACCCCUCAACUAAAUGUGAUACAAGCUGAAUUCAGAUUACCAAAAGUUGUUGAAGAUAUACUGAAGCAAGGCUACAUUAGCAUCGGGAAUGUAAAGUAUGGUGUAAGCACGCUAGAAAAAUAUAAAAAAGACGAACAAGGAGUUCAACAUACUACACCAAGAGUGAUUGUGUGCUACAAAUGUCAACAACCAGGACAUAAAAUUCACCAGUGUCCAAUGUGGCGAGAAGAACAAUACCACUAUGAUGAUGAUGCAUAUUACUAUCGUUCAUCCCAACGGUCAGAUCCCUCGGAUCAUGGCUUGCCUACACAAUCAAAUGGUCAUGAUUUAACUUCACCAGCUCAACAGAAACAAACCACUAAAGAUUUAAAUGCAACUACAAGCGCUCGAAGAUCAACACCAGUACAAAAUACAUGGGCACAACAACGACCUCUAGUAAGUGCUAGUGCAGUCACCGAUAAAACAGAUGCUGUAGUUCAAAAAUCACUUCCUGCUAUCGUUCCAGCCACCACAGCUGCAAAACUCUCGCAAAGUUCUACAGUAUCUGAAGUCUGGCAAAAGUCUAACUUACCAGUACAUUUAUCAAGCACUUCUGCGGAAAAGUCAGAAGUUAAGAAAAGCGUUACUGCUGCUGUUGUCAGCUCGCAGGACCAAUUAGCAAUAGUCAAACUUGAGACAAUGCUAAACGAUUUCGAAACUCGACUAAUGAACCGAGUAAAUAUCAUAGAAACAAAAAUUAAACACCAAGAGAUCCAAGUUGAAGAAUUGCAAAAGCAGUUGAAAGAACAGGCCAGUUUAGUUUAA